AUGUGGAGAUUUCGGUAUGAGGUUGGCUUUGUCACUGUUAAGGAGCUGCUGCUAUGGAUGAUUGAUGAAGGGAAAUCACUGGAACUUCUAGCAUUUACGGCAUGGGGAGUUGCUGCAAUUGCACGGACCAGUCUGGUGCAAUACCGAACUGACCUGCAAGUUUCAGAGGCUCAAAUGGAGUGCAGCAGUAUGGGAGGAAAUAGAUGGACGGCACCUCCAUACGGUUUUGUUAAAAUUAACUUUGAUGGAGCAAACGCUGAAUCCUCAAGGAUGUCUGGUGUGGGAGUGGUGAUUCGAGAUUCGGAAGGUGCUGUUUUGGCAUCCUGUGCAAAGAAGCUAAGUCAAUCGUUCAAGGCAGAAGACAUGGAAGCUCUGGCUGCAUUGAAGGCUAUAUCCUUUGCACAUGAGCUGGGAUUCCAGAAUAUUGUCCUUGAAGGUGAUGCGUUGAACUUAAUUCAAGCGUUGAAGGCACAAGAACAAAACUUACUGCCGUGGGGUCUGCUGGUUGAAGAUGUGAAAGAGUAUGCAAAAAAAUUUAUAAGAGUAUUGUAUUCUCAUGUGAAGAGAAAUGGCAAUAGUGUAGCUCAUAAUCUGGCCAAAUAUGCUUUACGCAUACCAGAUUUUCAAGUUUGGAUGGAGGAUGUUCCAUCCCAUAUUGUUCAGUUUUUACAGUUGGAUGUAACUCAUUUACGUUAA